CUCGAGAGUCGAGAGAGGGAGAGAGAAAGGCGAGAGAGAGGCUCAUGCAGGCUGAGGAGGUGUGCUGUCUUCAUUGUCGGACGCACAUUUUGAAAACUUGUUGAGAAGGGUGGAAUGAUGUGAAGGGCGGCUGUAGAGUCUUGUCUUGGUCGUUGUCUUUGAAGAUCUGUCCAAAGGCGCAAAUGCAGAAGGGGCGAAAUCCAGUUUGCGUGAGCCAGUUGUGAGUAAAGCUGCUGGAUGGCAAGCUACCUCAGUCACCCUUUUCGAAGGUUCUUCACCACCUGACUUGCAAUAGUGAACCAUCAGCAUUAUAUUAGAGCUAAGAUCUGGGUGCAAGCGAUCAAAAAAAGGACGUUGAUGCAGUGGGGAGGUUGGUGCAGACCUGUGUUUCCUCUGAGAUCUGUCCGGUCAGGUUGGUGGAAAGGGCAUUCCAGUAUUUGAAGAUUGGUACAUUCCUUAGCGAGUUGGCAUUCCUGGUGGACAAAAGUCUCAGGAACAUACUGAACUAGAACAGAAGUUUUGGAGGAGCGAACAGUGUCAGCUCAUCGCCAGCCACAACAUUUAAGCAGCCUCGCGAGUCUGCAAGGAGAAAGGGCGAGGGGCGAUGCAGAAUUGCCGGGAUGUCCGACAAGAAUGGCCUCUCCUUCUCACGUAGCAGCAUUGGAACCCCUUGGCCGUUAUCAACAAGUCAGAAGCUGAACCCCAUUGCUGAGGAAGGCCCAGGGAGAGACCCGCUCAGCUGGAGCAUGCCUACCCUUGGCAAACCCGCUGUGAAGGGCAGAAUGGGACAGUCGCAAGCCAAACCGCCCCUACUGGCAAUGUUCCUGAGCCUCUGCAUGGGCGUCUUUCUGUCGGGCUUUCUUUUCAGCUCAUCGCUGCCGUAUGGUGGCAGCAUGUGGGGAGCGCAGCAAGCCCCUACAACGAGCAUACUCAACACCAAAUCUUAUGAUGAGCAUGUUGCGAACCUGCUGUCAGGCUUGAGAGACCUGCGGCAAGAGAUGGACAGAGCGGAGCAAGGGAUGGCGGAAUCGGGGGAUGCUUUGAGCAACGCGCUGGCCACUCAGGAGUUGGAGAUCGAGUUGCAUCACUUGCGGGGCGAGUAUGUACGGCUGCUCAAGACGACGGAGGAGCUUCGGAAGAACCUGACUGACAUGAGGUCCCUGGUCAAUCCGACGGCUCUAGCGGUGCGUGACAUUGACGAGUCUCACUUGCGGCCCGAGGGGAGCAUGUCGCGCAUCGUAGACAGCAAGGGGGAGGCGUUCUUCUGCGACCGCUCGCAUCCCGACGGAGACUUCUGCCUCAUCCAUGGGGACAUCCGAAUUGACUCAAAGAGCAGCACGAUCGUCAUGUAUGCGACCAAGGAGACGACUCCGCGGGGCACGUUGACGGUGCAGCCGUUUGCGCGGAAAUGGGACGCGGAGCUCAUGCGGGCGGUCACGCCCGUGGUGGCGGACGCAAGCGGGCCGGACGGGUGCCCGCAGAAGUACACCCCGUGCGCAAACAUGCGCAUGGUGCCGGCGGUCAUCUUUGCCGGGGGGGGUUUCACAAACAGCACGUAUGACGACCUGCGCGAGGUGUUCCUACCGCUCCACAACACCAUCCACCAGUACGACAGCGAGGUCGUGCUCAUGGUUACCGAUAACCACAACUGGGUUAAGCAACACCUGGACGUGCUGCGCUCGUUCACCAAGUACCCCAUCCGCCUCCUCAAAGACGACCGCGACAUUGCGGGGAACCUGCUGCAGGCCGAGUGUUACCGCCACGUCAUCGUUGGGCUGCGUAUGGAUCUUACGGUGCCGGACCACAGCCCGGGCCGACCACGGCUCGACCCCCCAGACGAGAAGCGCCUGUCUUCCACCCUUUUAGCGUACUCCCAAGUCAUUGCGCGGCGCAUGCGGCUCCCCCCCAGCCAACCCAUUGGAGAAUGCCUCGCCGGGGCUAGCCCACAAAAACCAGUGCUCGGUUUGCUCGUGCCAAAAUCAGAAAGCUUACAGCGCACGGGGCGGGGCCUAGCAAACGCCGAGGAAGUCGGGCGGAUCGCCCGGCAGAUGGGGUUCACGGUCCAAGCGAUCGGCACGGGAAAUGGGACGUACGUAGACCUCGUCAAAUUCAUGCGGGGCGCGGACGUGUUGGUCGGGAUGGCGGGCGACGAGUUGGGCCAUUUGGUACACCUACGGCCCAAAGCGGUGGUGAUGCAAAUCAUCGGGUUCGGGGAGACAGGGUUCCCGGGCGCGACGGCCGGGCGGGAGUACCAAGACUUGGCGAAGUUACUAGGGUUGCGGUAUCUAGAGUGGGUUGCCGGGCUGGAGGAAAGCUCGAUCGGGAGGGAGCCGGGCGAGCGGCAAACUCCGGCGAAGGUGUGGUCCGGAAAGUCCGCAGCGGCUGCUGCGGCAAUCUAUCGGAGACAGGUCGUCACGGUGCCCGAAGACGCCCUCCGGUCGCAGCUAGCGGAAGCUAAGGAGCACUUGCUGGCGCUUGGUAGACAGCAUGCAAAGGCGCGGGGGGUAAAAGAUCCCAGGACUCGGGGUAGCGACCUUUGACAUGAGAGCAGGCAUUGAGCAAGGCUGUCUUGAAGCCUCUCGUAAGAUUCAUCUAGAGUCGUUGAGAUCCGUAAGUAGGGACAAGGAGUUGCAUUGCUAUGUCAAAGUGAGCCGUCAACGCAGCCAGUUGGAGAUGAUCAGUCGUCUAGCCUUAGGACCACGCAUUAAUUAUUCGUGCUCGCCAUGCAAACAUGUUAACCGGUAUCGACGUCCCCUAACGCGUUCUUAGAAUGUGACCUUAAUUGGCC